AUGGCGACUAAGAUUAUUAUAUUUGCCGCUUUGCUAGCAGUCGUGUGCUCCAUGCCGCGCAGAAACGGAAACGGAAAUGGAGGAUAUAAUCCUGGAAACGGAAGUGGAAACGGAAACGGAGGUUACAACCCAGGAAACGGAAACGGAAACGGAGGUUACAACCUAGGAAACGGAAACGGAAACGGAGGUUACAAUCCCGGAAAUGGUAACAAUGGAUAUAAUCCAGGAAACGGAAAUGGAAACGGAGGAUACAACCCAGGAAACGGAAAUGGAAACGGAAAUGGAGGAUUUAAUUCCGGAACCGGAAACAGAAAACCAGAUUACAACAAUGGUGGUUCCAGACCCGACUUUUAUGGAAAAUAA